ACACAAUCUGCCGCCUGCUGUAGGACGGCAAUCAGAUAAGCUCUGUAAGGAGGUUGUGACACAAUCCACAGUCCCAGAAUACUCAUCCCUGUCUUCGGAGCUAGAUGAUUCUAACUCUCAUGAAUUCUGGCACGGGAGGAAUAACAACAACUGGGAGUGCUUCCGCAGAGAACGUGAUGACAACGGCGACAGUAACAACAACAUCGACGACAACAACAACAACAACAACAACAGAGAACUCCCGAGACAACUCAUGCAUGUCGCGGCGGAAAGAGCACUAUCACCGCAAACUCCACCAACGGAGACUGUCCGGGAUCAUCUCUGCAGCCAGCAAUUGUCAUUAGAGAGAUCAGGGACAAUGGAUGGGUCAGUGGAUGAUCAGUUAAAGAUGUUCUUGCUUCAUCUGGAUAUGUCCGCGCUGCAUGACAACAUUGAUGAUGCUGAUUCCAUGACAGUGUCACAGCAAAAGCCAAGUGCUCAAAGAGAUUAUGGCUGUCACAAUUUGAGGGAGUGUAAUAAUUUGUGUGUCAACGACACUACGGUCACGGAGGCGCCCUUGUCCCCUAGUGCCUACCAUAAUAGUGGUAUAUUCAGGGCAUCAUCAAAUACCGAUGAACCGCCAUUGCCUCCGGUGCAACAAGAUUUGUAUAAAAAGUACAGUGAAGAUGAGUGCAGCUAUCAAACGAAACAGCUUGCAAUGAAAAUUCAAGGCCUCAAGAAGAAAAUUAAACGUUUUGAAGAAAGCUUUGAAAUGGAUUAUGGUUACAAGCCGUCUCAGGCAGAGAAAGCAAGUCAACCUCACAUCAAGAAGUACAUGUCUAAACUAGCCAGAGCUAGGAAGGAUCUCAAACGGUUAAAAGAAAAUGCAGAAAAUGGAAAUCGAUCUAAAAAUGGCCAUAACGGUUCACCUUUCGAUGCCAGACAUCCCAUGGCUAUGAGUGUUGAUUUCAUUGUUCGGUCGUUUGGAGAAAAAAGACAAUCUGCCGGGAAAACUGAAAACAACAGGGUUUCCGCGGUUCUUGAACUUCAAACUGUCCCUGAAAAUGAGAUGAUGGAGAUACCCGUGUCGUUUUCUAGAGAUCCAAUACAAGAUGCAGAUUAUUUACACGAAGGCGACACAGAACCUCUAGACGAUGUAAUUGCCGAGCAAGAAAUACCAGCCUAUAGCAAUCUGGAUGUUACUGAUGCACAUCUGAAGCAAGAAGUUCAGAAUUGGAACGAUUGUUCUUUCAGAGCUUUGGACACCGGAGGAGAUUCUCGUUUGCAUGAAAUGUCUUUGCCAGAACUGUGGAGGGAACUCGAAUUUGCUAAAGUACAGAAAGGACGAUUUGGAAGAGCUAUACGGGAAUUUGAACAUGAUUUCUUCGUGAAAACUGGCCGGAAAGUAAGAAAGGAAAACAGGUUCCCACUUCAGUCUGAAUAUUCAGAAUACAAAAAAGUUAAGGGCAGACUGCGACUGUUGGAAGCUUUGAUUCUCAAGCACUGCGAGUGA